AUCACAGGAUGUGGCUUCUUUCUUGGGUACUUGCAGCCCUCUCAACCUUGAGGCAUGAAACUCCUCAGGGGGGCUGUAAGAGUGGGUCCUUUAGGCUGAGAUUUCUCCAGGCCUUUGUCUGCCAAGAGUAGAAGCAACUGGGGAGUGUGUGCAGAAGCAGGCAGGAUUCUUUGUGGCCCUCACCAAGGUCAGGCCUCAUGUGGUUCUGUCUCCCAGGGUCUAGCCCAAGCCAGUGUAGGCUGGAAGGCUGGAUUUUAUCAAGGUCACUGUGAGAGACUUAGCUGAGGGACGUCCUGGAUGACAGAGCAGCUACUCUCUGAGGAGAACCUGAUCUGUAGGGGGUGGAGAGACAGCAGGAGUUCGCCAAGGCCCCACAUGAGGCUCUGAGUCACACUGGCCUUUGUUCCUUGCUUGCUCUGGCCCUUGGCUGAGGGGCAUUCGGGGAUCCUGCCAGCGGCUCAGGGCACUGGAAGCGUUCCCUAUGUGUACAUCUUUGGAAGCAUAUCCUGGUGCAGGAGGACGACAGAGGACACAAGUGGACGUCUUGCUCCUGUGAACGUGGUUGGCAGCCUGAUCAUGGUGGUCGCCCAGCUGAACCUGCAGUUUUGCUUCCAGGGCAAGAAGUUGCGAGGCUUCAGCUGUGAACUCACCCGGUCCCCCCAUGGGGUCUUCCCUGAGACCGUCUUCUCUAUCAUGUGCCAGAUCAUGGUGCCCAUUCUGCUCUCAGGCUUGGGCAUGUUGACAGCCGGCCUGAUGAUGAACACUAUCCAACAUUGGCCUGUGUUUGUGGAGGUUAAAGACCUAUUGACGUUGGUGCCACCCCUGGUGGGCCUGAAGGGGAACCUGGAAAUGACGCUGGCGUCACGACUCUCCACUGCUGCCAACACUGGACAAAUUGAUGACACCCAAGAGCAGCACAGAGUUAUCAGCAGUAACCUCGCCCUCAUUCAGGUGCAGGCCACUGUUGUGGGGUUCCUGGCUGCUGUGGCCGCCCUGCUGCUGGGUGCUAUGUCUAGGGAGGAGUUGGACUUUGUGAAGGUGGAGUUGCUGUGUGCCAGCAGUGUCAUCACCGCCUUUCUCGCUGCAUUUGCCUUAGGAAUGCUGAUGGUCUGCAUAGUAAUUGGUGCUCGGAAGCUUGGGGUCAAUCCAGACAACAUUGCCACGCCCAUUGCUGCCAGCCUGGGAGACCUCAUCACAUUGUCCAUCCUGGCCUUUGUUAGCAGCUUCUUCUAUAAACACAAAGAUAAUCGAUACCUGACGCUGCUGGUCUGUAUCAGCUUCACGGCCCUGAUCCCCUUGUGGGUCCUCAUUGUCAAGCAGAACCCGCCCAUCAUGAGGAUCCUGAAGUUCGGGUGGUUCCCAAUUAUUCUAGCGAUGGUCAUCAGCAGUUUUGGAGGGCUCAUCUUGAACAAAACCAUUUCUAAACAGCAAUUCCAAGGCAUGGCCAUAUUUACUCCCAUCAUAUGUGGUGUUGGUGGCAAUCUGGUGGCAAUUCAGACCAGCCGGAUCUCCACCUACCUGCACAUGUGGAGCACACCUGGUGUCCUACCCCUCUGGAUGAAACAAUACUGGCCUAAUCCAUGCUCCACUUUCUGCACCUCAGAAAUUAAUUCCGUAUCAGCUCGAGUCCUGCUCUCUCUGGUGGUUCCGGGCCAUCUGAUUUUCUUCUAUAUCAUUUACUUGGUGGAAGGCCAUUUGGUCCCACAAAGUAAGAUGUUUGUGGUAUUCUAUCUGCUAGCAAGUCUGAUGCAGGUGACAAUUCUGCUGUACCUGGCAGAAGUGAUGGUUCGGCUCGCGUGGCACCAGGCUCUGGAUCCAGACAGCCACUGCAUCCCCUACCUCACAGGGCUGGGGGACCUGCUAGGGACUGGCCUCCUGACACUCUGCUUCCUUAUCAACUGGUUAUUGAGGAGUGAAGCAGGGCUGGAUGGCAUCUCAGACCCAGCAUCCGGGCCUCCCUAAUGAGCCCAGGCAGCCAUAUUUGCUCAGUAGAAUUUUCCUUCCCACCAGCAGGGUACAGAAUACAGUUUCUCCCUGACUAGGUCCUCAGGAAGGAUGGUUAACACCCUGAUUCUGCAGUGACCCUUUGUCAGUCUUCCAGGGACACUCACACAUCUUGACUCUGGAGUUGGAAGCUGAGCCUGUAAAGGUGAAGGAGACCUGAAAUCAGAGGCAGUGUUUGUGUACAUGUGACUGCAUGCUCCUGGGCUUGAGUGUGUACUCAUGUGCUGGGUGAGUGCAAAUAAGUGACUGUGUGUGUGUGGAGAGCAGGGGACUCUGCCCUGAAGACGCUGAAGGAAGAGGCAUGUCCAGUGCACUGGGGGGAUGUGUGGGCAGUGUUCUGUGUCCACACAGCCUGUACUUGGAAGGAGCAGGAAGGAAACACUUUCUGUGCCUAUACCUCAGGACUGUGCUGUGGCUUACCCACAGGCUGACUAGAUCCAAGCUUCAUGGGCUAUUUUGCUGAUGUGCCUGCAAAUGUGCAACCCUUCCCAGGACAGCCCUUCCUUGCAUACCCUUGUCAUCUGCUCUUGGUAUUUAAUCCUGUCGCUAUGUUUCUUUUUCUUUUUUUAUGUUGAAGCCAAACUUCUGUUUAGAUUUUAGUGAACACAAAAGUAUAAAAUAAAACAUAGAUUAUAUUGUA